GAAUUGAAAAGCAAUUUCUCCUCCACCGUCAUUUUUUCCUCGUUUUUGGCCAUCCCUGCAAACAAAGGUACAGAAAAAGGCUUCUCUUGUUUUUCUCCCCUAAUUUAUUCAUUUUUCCAAAGCACAGUGAGUAGAAUGCAUGUAGCACCAGAUGCACGAUCAUUAACUCUGUUGUGAGCACGCUAACCCUGGUUAGUGAGUGCCUAAAAUAAACUAUUGUGCAGAUGUCUCUACACACAGGGCAUUAUUAUGACUGCUGCAUUAGCAAAACUAGGAACAUCGUCGUACCAGAGUCAUGUAAUCAAGGAGAAGGCUUACGGUUAGCUAGGGCUAAAACCCUGAAUAGCUGGGGGAAUUGUUGUAGCAAGCUUCAGCAGCGGGAAAAUGGUAAUGCAGAGAAGAAGAGGUGUAAAUGCAGGCGUAGGAUAGAGGCAGUAUUGCUUAAUGGUGACAAAUUCAAAGGAGUUAAUGAGAAUGUUUUGAAGAGUGUGGAUGUGGUGACAUUGGGGAAUCUGUGCGUGGACAUUGUGCUGAAUGUGCCGGAGUUGCCCCCGUCUUCUUUGGAGGACAGGUAUCAGUACAUGCUCCAGCUUGCUGCUUCCAAUCCGGACAAGAGAUACUGGGAAGCAGGUGGUAACUGCAAUUUUGCUAUUGCAGCUGCCAGGAUUGGUCUGAAUUGUGUACCACUUGGUCAACUUGGCAAUGAAAAGUAUGGUUGGUUCCUGGAGGAUGUUUUGGAGAAGGAAGGCAUGAACAUUGUGAGAAUUGAUGAAAAUAGUGAAAACCUAAGCAGUAAUGACAAUGAGACAGUUCUGUGUUGGGUUCUUGUAGACCCAGGCCGACACCAUAGUUUUUGUAGUCGAUUUGAUUUCAACAAGGAGCCUGCUUUUAAAUGGAUCAGUAAAUUAUCUGCAAAAGCAGAGGGAGUGAUUAAGCAGUCCAAGGUUCUGUUCUGCAACGGAUUUCUUUUUGAUGAGAUUUCCCCUGGUUUAAUUGUUUCUAUGCUUGAAUGUGCAAGGGUUGCAGGGACUGCGAUCUUUUUUGAUCCAGGACCACGUAACAAGUCCCUUCUUCAUGGGACUCCUGAGCAACAACAGACACUCAGAAGGAUUUUACGCAUGAGUGAUGUUCUCCUUUUGACUGCUGAUGAGGCUGAGUCCUUGACUGAAAUUUCCAACCCUGUUUUGGCUGCCCAAGAUUUACUUCAAAGUGGGCUCAACACUAAGUGGGUCAUUAUAAAACUGGGAUCUCGAGGAUCAUUGAUGGUCACAUCAAAUGGUUAUCACUACGCACCAGCAUUCAAGGUUCAUGUUGCAGACACCGUAGGAUGCGGAGAUAGCUUUGCAUCUGCCAUUGUUAUGGGCUAUAUAAAUUCAAUGCCUUUAAUAACCACUCUUGCUUUAGCAAAUGCUGUUGGUGGUGCUACAGCAAUGGGUUGUGGAGCCGGCCGGAAUGUUGCAACCUUUGAGAAAGUUACUGAAUUGUUAUCUUCUCCUAAAUUACAGAGUACUUGUGAGGAUUACUGGGAAACGUUAUUUUCUAAAGAGUUUUUGAUUGACUCUGAAAUAAUGCUGGAGAAAACAAUUAUCAAUGGCCAAGAUAAUUUGUUCUGUGCCGUUGAUGUUAAAAGUGUAGCCAGAGAUGCAUUGGAGUUUUUGCAGAAGUGCUCACAAAAGGUGGACUACAAUUUGAGGUAAAUGCAUGAAAAAUCAGUCAGGUAUUAGAUUGGCGAAUCCAAAUUUUAAUUUUAUGUUACUUAUAAUAGUUUGGCCAUCCAUUUAUUUAGAGUGGGUGAACCCUGUUUGAUGACGUAUAAUCCAUUCUUUAUCUUGUAAUUUUCUAUUCACCACCAUUUUUAUUCCUAAUGAAAAUUGAAUUAGAGAAUUAGUAUAUUGUUUCAAAUAAAAGAUUGGUCAGGUAUUUUGUUAUACCAAUCUUUAUCAAGAAAAAGGACCAAGAAAACUGUCCUGUAGCAAUAUCAGGCAAUAAAACAUUAAGAGUUAGUGCCACAGCAAAACAGUUCAGUUAUUAGCUGUUUUCUGAGCACUUGCAUUUCAGAGGCUUUUGGUUGUAUGCCGAAACAUUUUUGGGCAUGAAACUAUCAGUUUUUUUUCCCCUUUUUCUUUUACAAGUAAAAGAUCUUUUACUAUACACAGGAUUAGAUCCGUGAAAACUUUUGUAAGAAUUCACUGUAUGGUGAAUACAGCUGUAUCUUUAAAGAGAGAAUCGAUUUUAGACAAGCGAGUUGUAAGACAAGUAAUUAAUUUUACAUGGGUGUCAUUGUAUUU